ACUACAUGGCUAAUAGGAUUAUGUCAGUAAGAGGUGGGGUGUAAACACACCGGCUCUGUCUCAAAAACCUACUGAGCUACCCCGUUAUAAAACGUUUCAGGACGUUAUAAACGCAUUUCGGGGCAGCCGGUGCACACACAGAAACUCCACUCCACUUUGCACGCGCCUAUGAUUAACAAUUGCUUUCUAGUUAGGCAGCUCACUUGAUUGUGAAACACAUCCGCAGACCGCUAGGGCUCAAGUCAUGUGUGAGGUGGUGCUUGUGGUGUGUAAAGAGGAAGCGCUUCGCUGACACACGGAGGCUUGGACACAUGAAGACGCUGCUGCUGUGAUGAGUGAAGAUGCCUCCGCAGAGAGUGUUCGCGCUGCCCAGACAGCAUUCCCUGCUGCUGCCCGCAGUCAUCAACCCGUUCGUGCACGACCUUAAGUUAACCAAAGCCGAUAAAAUCAAAUGUUUUCUUCUGGGAAUCAUCCUUGUGCCGCUCCGUGGCAUUUUCUUGUUUCUCGUUCUGAUGGUCAUGUGGCCGGUUUCUGUCAUGAUAACAUUUGGACAGUCUCUGAAAGGAGCAGUGGAGCCCAUGACUGGCUGGAGAAGGUUCAUGCACAAAAGAGUGAUGACCUUUCUAGGCCGGCUGUAUUUCUUCGGCAUGGGCUUCAGGGUGGUGGUGAAGGGGAAGCAGGCCAGCAGUGUAGAGGCCCCCAUUCUAGCUGUGGCCCCCCACUCUUCUUUCUUUGAUGCCAUUGUCUGUAUUGAAACUGGUCUACCCUCUACUGUUUCCCGUUUGGAGUCCCUGGAAGCACCAAUAUUUGGCAGGUUUUUGCGCUGUGUGCAGCCAGUGCUUGUUUCACGCAAAGAUCCAGACUCUCGUAGAAACACUAUUCUUGAGAUUGAGCGGAGAGCAAAGUCAGGAGGACACUGGCCACAGGUGCUUAUUUUUCCUGAAGGAACAUGUACAAACAGAUCAUGUCUCAUUACCUUUAAACAAGGUGCCUUUGUCCCAGGGGUCCCAGUACAGCCUGUUCUGAUCAGAUACCCAAAUAAACUGGACACAGUCACAUGGACAUGGCAGGGCCCAAAAUCGGCCAGACUACUGCUGCUCACACUCUGUCAGCUCUAUACUACAGUGGAGGUUGAGUUUCUGCCCCCUCAAAUUCCUACUGAGAUGGAGAAAAAGUGUCCCAUCAAGUUUGCUCAAUCAGUGAGAGCUGUGAUGGCUGAGUCUCUGGGCCUGGCGGUCACAGACCACACCUACGAAGAUUGCCGUCUGAUGAUUGCAGCUGGAGAACUGACCCUGCCUAUGGAGGCAGGUCUCGUGGAGUUCACCAAGAUCAGCAGGAAACUGGAAUUAAAAUGGGACAAUGUGAAGAAGGAAUUGGAGAGUUUUGCCAACAUAGCCUGUUCUUGCAAAGGCGGCAGGAUCACAAUUGAGGAGUUUGCCGGCUUUCUCAAACUGCCUGUCAGCCCAGCUCUACGGGAGCUCUUCGCUCUGUUUGACAGGAAUGGCGAUGGCACCAUUGAUUUCAGAGAGUAUGUCAUUGGUGUCACAGUUCUGUGCCGCCCAGCUAAUAAUGAGGAAGUCAUUCAGACUGUUUUUAAGCUGUUUGACAUUGAUGAGGACAACUGUAUCACACAAGAGGAGUUUAGCGGUUUGCUGCGUUCUGCUCUUGGAGUAUGUGAUCUUGACGUCCACAGUCUCUUCAAAGAAAUCGAUGCAGAUGGAUCAGGACACAUAACUUAUGAUGAGUUUCGUUCCUUCGCUCUCACCCACCCGGAGUAUGCCAAGCUCUUCACCACCUACAUCGAGCUACAGCGUUACCAGGGUCUCCAGGGAGAGGAGCUAGAUUUUGAUGCCAGUUUGUCUCACUGCUGUACUGCUUCUCAUAAUAACCACCAAGAGGACAGUACCUCUGAUAAGAAAGAUGACUGAAAGCAUGCAGCCAUAAGGUUCAUAUUCUGCCAUGCCAUUUGAACGUGUGCCUUAAGCUUGGGCGGAGGGAUUUUGUACACACGCAUAUGCCCUGUCAGCAGUUUUCUGUUUACACCACCAAGUAUUUCAUAAACUAUUCAGUGGUUUAUUUAAAGGGUUUCAGGUCAAUGUUAAUGCAUACAGGCAUGCUAAAACAUUUCGGCAACACUUUAGUCACUAUUAACUAGUUGCUUAUUAGCAUGCAUAUUAUCGACAUAUUGGCUGUUUAUUAGUACUUAAAGCACAUAUUCUGCAUGACCAUAUUCUACAUCCCUAAUCCUACCCAAUACCUAAACCUAACAACUACUUUAAUAACUAUUAAUAAGCAGCAAAUUAGGAGUUUAUUUAGGCAAAAGUCAUAGUUAAUGGUUGGUUAAUAGCGAGAAUUGUACCUUAAAAUAAAGUGUGACCAAACGGUCUUGUUCUGAUGCAGCUAAAAAGUUAGUUUUAUUGUUAUAACACCCCUCAGCUUUUAGACAUGAAGCUUGUAGUUCCAAUUCAGUUUUUUAUUCAAUUUAUUUUAUAAAGUCUAAUAAAAAAAUGUAUUAUUUGAUAAUAUCCAAUUCGAAAAAAUAUAUUUUGUGAUUACAUUGAAGAUCAUGUGCUUAUGUGUCUUUUAUGGAAAAGUCGAUAUAUUUUUUAAAUGAAUAUUUUACAAAAGAGAAUCUUAUACAAAUAAAAAGCUUCUUUUUUUCUU